CUGAAAUUCGAUUUUCCUUCAAUUUGAUGCCCUAAUUGCUCUUCUAUUCGUCCUCUAAAAACUCCUCCUUUUAUUAAUAAUCUCAUCUCUUCGUCUAUUUAUUUCCUUCUUCUCUUGUCAGCUAUGAUCUUCCCUCCUGUACUAAGCUUUCCUUUCUCUUCUCGAAUUCUAUCUUCUUCGAUUCAUUGAAUCUCUUUUGAUAUAUCCCUCCUCUUCCUUUCUAACCUGUCGGUUAUCUUCAAAGUCACAUCUUUCCGUUAACAAUUUAUAGAAUGGAACCCAUGGACAUAGUCGGGAAGAACAAGGAAGAUGUUACCUUACCUAAAGCAACCAUGUUUAAGAUUAUUAAGGAGAUGCUCCCUCAAGAUGUUCGUGUUGCAAGGGAUGCUCAAGAUCUUCUUGUGGAGUGUUGCGUAGAGUUCAUCAACCUGAUCUCUUCGGAAUCCAAUGAAGUGUGCAAUCGGGAGGAGAAAAGAACAAUUGCACCUGAGCAUGUCCUGAAGGCACUCGAGGUAUUAGGGUUUGGGGAAUACAUUGAAGAGGUCUACUCUGCAUAUGAACAACAUAAGCUUGAGACUCUGGAUUCCCCAAAAGGAAAAUGGAGCAGUGCUGCUGAGAUGACUGAAGAAGAAGCCUUAGCCGAACAGCAGAGGAUGUUUGCAGAAGCGCGUGCUCGAAUGAAUGGUGGGGUUAGCCUCCCAAAGCAAUCAGAUUCAGAAAGCUAAUCUCAGAACUUUUUUUUUUCUUUUUUCUUGAGAACAUGGUCCUCUCUCCUAUGUCUGUAUAAAAGGAGGGUGCUUGGGAUGUGUCCUGUGCUUACCUAUGGGAUUAUGUUGAACUGUAGUUGGUAUACUGUUUCGUCCUUGUCUAUCUAUCUAUCUAUCUUAUUAUUUGUCUGUACCAUUCCAAAAUCUUAUGCCGUCUGUGCAGCAUGUAGAAAGCUUAAACCAGAUGCCGUGGUUUUAUUAUCAGAGCAGUUGGGUCAAUGUAUAACAGUAAAAGAAACUGUUCCAUGGUAAUUCGUCAGAGAUAUGUAAUGCUUUGGUUUCUUCAGUUUUCAUUGUA